AUGCCGGCCUCGCAGGCUCUGAACGGUGCCCACAUCCCUUCAGCAAACGCCACUUCUUCGGUUUCACUCUCCACCCCCAGGAUCAAGCAGGUCCGCGGCCGUUCGCCCGGUCCAAGCGGCAUACACGAUCUCAUGGACUCUGGUGGCCCUGAUGUGCGUCCACCCCCAAAGCGGGCCAGAAAGGCAAUCAACUGCGAGCCGUGCAGGAACAGCAAGCUCAAGUGCGAUAGGAAUCGACCCUGUUCUUCUUGUGUAUUACGAGGGACGACCUCGCAAUGCUACCAAGGACAAGAAGCGGACCCCAGCUUUAGAGGAGCCGUAGAUCAACACCGUCCACUUCUGGACCCUUCGGUCGAAUUCACACGCAUCCGCAACUCCUUGGCCUUACUAGAAAGCCAUGUUCUCGCCCAGUCGGCGUCACGCCCAUCCGCCCCGACUUAUUCCCCCGAGGCGGCUCGGAGACCAAUAUAUGCUUCGCAGCCAUCAGCGUAUGACGACCACAAUCCCUCGAGUCAAAGCCCCGACGCGGAAGUCAACUUUCAGGACAAAGAGCGAUCUGAAGACGUCGACAUGACCAGUGCACCUGGCAUGUUGGGCCAACAGGCAUCCGGAGGCCUGUAUCUAGGCCCUACCUGCGCUGCAUCUCAUCUCAUAUCUGCCACGGACAACGACGAAGAUCAAGUUGACCGUCCUGCCACCCCUUCAUCCCCCACGUCGCCCUUACACACACUGCCAGACACCAACGAGCUCAACGGCUCCACCGGGGAGUGGGACCAUGAUUUGACCCCUCGGCUGCCGCCGCCCCACAUGAUCGACGGCCUCGUCCAGUAUUACUUCGAGUACUGCAAUUGGGUCUACCGUCACGUCAACGAACCAGCCCUUCUAGCCGGAUGGGAGAGAUACAAGACCGGUAAAUACGGGGAUCGCCUCGUUCUUGCCACCGUCAGCAUCGUCAUCGCACUUGCAGCCCGCUACCUCCCUCCACGACACCCUCUCAUUUCCAAUACGUCGGAGACAUGCGAGGAGCUUGGAAGCAAAUGCUAUAGCUCAAGGCGGUCGUACUCGCUCGAACUGGUGGAGCUUAUGCUCAUCCGGAGCCAUUACCUGACCUUCGCGAAAGAAGAUCCGGAAGAGACUUGGAGCGUUCGCGGCGAACUGGUCACCAUCGGAACGGCGAUGCGAAGACGUUGGGCAUGGUGGCACAUCGCGUUUAUGUUCGGGCGGCCACUCGCUAUCGCUGGGCACCACUUCAAUACCCAGUUUCCGACCUACUGUGAUCCCAAGUUGGACAAGCUGCAACGUCUCUACCUUCCGAACAUCGCGCUCUUCAAGCUCGCCUACAUCCUGGGAGACAUCAUGGACGAUGCUGUCUCCUUCCGUGCCGUGCCGUACACCUCGGUGCAAGAAAAGGACAAGGCCCUGACGGAUUGGUACGAUUCCCUUCCCUCCGAGCUCGACCUCGACGAGUUCCGAAUCGCGCGCGCGCUUGCCAGUCCCAUCACGUCCGUGAGGCGUCUCGGAGUCCAGAGUGUAAUCAUCAGAACAGCCUACCACCACAUCCGAUUUACCCUCCACCGUCCUUACGCCAAGGUCCCUGAAAGUCUGGAGAUCGCAGUCAGCGCGGCGUCACAGCUGAUUGCUCUCGUCGGUCAGACCCGUCCCGACUUCCUCUCAAAUACCGCCCUCGCCGUACCAGGUCACAUGAACUGGGGUCCAUUCCACGUCUUCUCGGCCGCUAUGUUCUUUUCAUUCCAGCUAAUCACGAAGCCCGAUCAGGACGCGGCGAACCUUUUCCGGGAGAAUAUCCGCAAAGCGAUCGCUUCUCUGGAGCAAAGCCGCUGGAUGCCCGUGGCCGACAAGGCACUGACCAUCCUCCAGGCACUGGCACCCUUAUACUCUGAUGAGUUGCUCGAGCUCUCCGACCAUAAUCGCGAGCGGAGAAAGGCACAGGUGCUCAGCUUGGUCAGGACGCUGGCCUUCCCAUACCAGGACGCUCCGUACUCCCGAUCCGCGGACUCGCCAGGGUACAACCGCUACGACGCCGCGCUCCACCCCCGGGCAUUCUGCGGCUACUCGGACAACUCGCAGCGUCAAGGUCAACUCCAGCACCAGCCACAGCAGUCACCCCAGCAGCCACAGUCGGCUCCGCCCACUGUACAAACAACCCAAGCACCCAUAUCGGCGACGCGGUGGACGUCGAAUGCUCAGCCCGAACUCAACGCCCCACAUUACUCUCAGCAGCAGCAACAGCAACCCCCACCGCAUCAACACGCCCACUCGCAUCCGCACCAACACCACCCCCAACACCAGCCGCAGUACACCCCCCAUCUGCAGCAGCAGCCGCCGCCGCAACACCCCCAGCAUCCGCCGCAACAGCAGCAGUACUCGCCCAAUGGUCAAUCCUUCCCGAUGGUCCGCUACGCCACCACGCACACCGAGAUGAUGCAGCAGCCGCUCCCGCACCACCAGCACGGCGUCCACGACGGCCAGGACAGCUUCCACCCCGCGGAUGAAUCCUCAAUGUGGGGCGCGUCGAUCGGCUUCGGUCUCUCGGAGUGGAACCAGUUCGUGGACGUCAUGCGCCGCCCUGACAGCUUCACGGGCAUGGUGCAGCAGCAGGGGCCGACGCACUAG